UCUCCUCCUGCCUUGUGUCUGUGAGCUUCAAUUCUGCCAACACAGCUAGCGACUCUCUCUCUGUCUCUUUAACUCACAAUCUGUCUCACUGAGUCUCAGCACUUGAGAGCAACCAUGCAAACCUCUAGGCAAACUACAUAUUCCAUGCGCUCCUCUACCAGCAGCAGGGCCCCUUCCAUGUCCAUCACUCGCACCUCUGUUCCGGUCUACAAGGCCCAGUCCAUUCAUGGUGGGGCCGGUGGCUCCCGCGUCAGUGUCUCCUCCAGCUUCAGAGGUUCUCUGGGAGCCGGAAUGGGAGCCGGUGUUGGAGCAGGGGGAUUCUCCAGCAGUGUCCAGGUGAGCGGAAACAGUGCUGACAUAAUGGGGAACGAGAAGUUUGCCAUGCAGAACCUGAAUGACCGGCUGGCAAGCUACUUGGAGACCGUGAGAAGCCUGGAGAAGGCCAACCACAAGCUGGAGAUAAAGAUCAAAGAAGCCCUGGAGAAGAGUGGACCUGACUUCAGAGACUACAGCAAAUUCCAGCCUAUCAUUGAUGAACUAAGGAAGAAGAUUUUUGAUGCAACCAUGGACAAUGCCCGGCUGGUUCUUAACAUUGACAAUGCUCGCCUGGCAGCUGAUGACUUCAGAGUAAAAUACGAGUCAGAGCUGGCCAUCCGUCAGUCUGUGGAGGCUGAUAUCGUCGGUCUGAGGAAACUCAUUGAUGACACUAACCUGAGUCGAAUGAACCUGGAGAGUGAGAUUGAAGCUCUUAAAGAGGAGCUGAUCCACCUGAAAAAGAACCAUGAAAAUGAAGUCAUGGAGCUUCGUAACCAGAUUGCCCAGUCUGGUGUCCAUGUAGAUGUCGACGCACCAAAAGGUCAAGAUUUGGCUCAGAUCAUGGCAGAAAUGCGAGCCAAGUAUGAAAAGUUGGCACAGAAAAACCAGGAGGAACUCAAAGCAUGGCAUGAAUCUCAGAUUAUAGAAGUUCAAACACAGGUGACGCAAAACACAGAGGCCCUAAAGGGUGCCCAGACAGAAGUGAACGACUUGCGCAGACAGCUACAAACCCUUGAGAUUGAACUGGAGUCACAGAGGAGCUUGAAAGCCUCUCUUGAAGGCACACUGAGGGACACAGAACAGCACUACAACAUGGAAAUGGAGUCACUCAAUGUGAUUCUCCUGGGCCUGGAGGCAGAACUCACACAGCUGCGGAACAAGAUCCAGCUUCAAUCUCAGGACUACGAGGCCCUGCUGAACACAAAGAUGAAGUUGGAGGCUGAGAUCGCGACAUACAGACGGCUGCUGGAUGGUGGAGACUUCAAGUGAGCUUCAGGAUGCUCUGGAAGAACAGAAAACAGUGACAAAGACCAAAGUAAUGACCGUCACACAGACCCUUGUAGACGGAAAGAUCGUCUCUUCCAGCACAAACACAAAGAACCUUUAAUCAAAGGAUGCAAGCAAAACUUAUUCUAAAAUAACAAAAUAAAAUUAGCAAAGUGUUAAUUUUAAUCUGUUCAUCAAACUUAAUUUCCAGAGUCUCUAAUAAGAUCAAAAGCUCUUUGUUAAGCUUCACAGCAAUGCUAAUGUUUUUUGCAGAGGUUGAUGAAAAUUGGAUCAGAGGAAAACAAAACCAUCUGUUAUUUAUUCAUCAGGAUCUAUUUAUGUCACUUUUUUGUUGUCCUUUAGAUGUUGCCACAGUUCAGGAGUGGUGGACUCUGACAAGCUAUUGAGAGAAAAAUUGAU